GUGUUGUUUUCUUCCGAAUUUCGGGAAACAUAACCUCAAAAAUACAUAAAAAAAAUAUUUUUAAAAAUGAACGAGGAUAAAGUUACAUUUCUAAUUAAAGCAGCUUCAUCUUUAUCACAAACCCAAAAUGAUCAGACGAAGACAUUGCUGAGAAGUUAUUAUUUGAUGCGGUGUAGAGAGUUGUCGAAAAACCAUGGCCUUCCAGAUAAGCACUUCUCUUCAAAAGUUCGAUGUUCAAGGUGUUUCAUAGAAUGGAAAAAAGGCACAGAAACAACAGUUAAACCUAUAAAACUUAGUAAAGGCCAAAAGCGGAGAAUAAAACAAUUAAAAGUAAACAAAAACAACAAGGACGAUUAUGUUAAAACUAGACAACAAAUGUUAAACAGUAAUGAACUGAAACAGAUCUGCACUUUUUGCAAAAAUAGUACAAUCACACCAAUUCUCAAACCUACUAAGCCAAAAUUAAUUCCAAUAAAUGAAGGCACUAAAAUCACAGAACAAAGAAUAAAAGAAAAGAUUCAGCCAAAUACAAAGGCAACUAACACCAAUAAACCUAAAAAUCAAUUGAAGAAACCUGAAGUAGAUGUGUAUGCUAAAACAAAAGAGAUAUUUUCUCUAUCAAAUAAGAACAACACAUUACAAGGAAGUGUUAAAGACCAGAAAGUUAUCAAAAACAAUAAGAAGAAGAAGGAUAAGUUUGCUGGUUUGUGUCAGCAGGCUGUUCUGAUGUCAGCAAAGCUUAAACAGGAGAAAGAAAAACAAAACAAAUUGAAUUUAUUCUUGAAGCCAUCAUCAUGA